UGUCUCUAGAUUUCACAUACUACUAAUACCAGUACUAACAGUAACACCACGUACAAUCAGGAUGGCGUAUUGGUGGAGUUUUUCGGCUGAGACGUGGGCUCUGAUCGUGAUCCUCAUCAGCCUCAUCGUUCUGUAUGGGUACUGGCCGUACGGUUUCUUUAAGCGGUUUGGAGUUCCUGGUCCUAAACCGGUACCAUUUUUCGGAACCAUGUUACAAUAUCGGAAGGGAAUCCAUAAUUUUGAUAUGGAGUGUUUUCAGAAGUACGGCAAGAUUUGGGGUAUAUACGACGCGAGACAGCCGGUCCUCUGCAUCAUGGACACAGAGAUCAUCAAAACCGUCCUGAUUAAAGAGUGUUACUCUCUCUUCACCAACCGCAGAAAUUUCCGUCUAAAUGGUCCUCUGUACGACGCAUUGACCAUCGUCGAGGACGAGGACUGGAAGAGAAUCAGGAGCGUUCUCUCUCCAUCGUUCACCUGCGGCAGACUGAAAGAGAUGUUUGGAAUCAUGAAGUCACAUUCUCACUCAUUGAUUGAAAAUCUGCAGAAGACGUCAGAGCGUGGAGAAUCAGCAGAUAUUAGAGAGUUUUUCGGAGCAUACAGUUUGGAUGUGGUGACGAGCACAGCGUUUGGAGUCGAUAUCGACUCUCUGAACAACCCCAAAGAUCCGUUUGUAUCCAACGUCAAGAAACUGCUGAAGUUUGACUUCUUCAACCCUCUGUUUGUCACCAUUGCGCUGUUCCCCUUUAUCACACCGGUGCUGGAGAAAAUGGAUGUUUCCAUUUUCCCGACCGCAGUGACUGAUUUCUUUUACACCUUCCUGCAAAAGAUCAAGUCUAAACGUGUGGCCCAAGAUCAUAAGAGACGAGUGGACUUCAUGCAGCUGAUGAUCGAUUCUCAGAAAUCAGAAAAAGACAAUCUGAAGGGUGAAGAGACAAAAAAAGGUCUGAAUGAUCAUGAGAUCCUGUCCCAGUCCAUGAUAUUCAUCUUUGCUGGUUAUGAGACGAGCAGCAAAACGCUGUCGUUUCUCUUCUACAACCUGGCCAGUAAUCCAGAGACGCUGAAGAAACUACAGGAAGAAAUCGAUGAAACUUUCCCUAAUAAGGCUGAAGUUGAUUAUGACACGGUAAUGAACAUGGAUUAUCUGGACGCUGCUCUGAACGAGUCGCUCAGGUUGUACCCGGUUAUUUUUCGUCUGCAUAGAGUCUGCAAGAAAACGGUUGAAAUAAACGGCCUUACCAUCCCAAAAGAUACUGUCGUCUUGAUCCCCACUUAUGUCCUACAAAGGGACCCUGAAUACUGGACUGAGCCGGACGCCUUCAAGCCUGAGAGGUUCACUCAGGAGAACAAGGAGAACAUCGAGCAGUAUGUGUACAUGCCGUUUGGUUUAGGACCCAGGAACUGCAUCGGGAUGAAGUUUGCCCUUGUGAUCAUAAAGCUGGCUGUUGUUCAGAUACUGCAGAGAUUCGACAUCAGUCUUUCUGAGGAAAUGAAGGUUCCUCUGGAGCUGAUCAACACUGGAAUUCUGGCCCCUAAACACCCCAUAAAACUCAAAUUUUCAAUUCGUAAAAUGUCAAACUCUGACGCCUGAGACAACAGCCACAUUAACUCAUAGACUCUGAAAGGUUUUGCUUAUUUUUACUGUAUUUCUGAUUUUUAUGCCUUUUCCUCCCAGAGUAUUACAGUCAAUCUGUAUUUGAAAUUGAAGUUGAAAUUGGUAUUAUGUGUGUAAUAUCCUACUGUGUUUAGCACUUUUUAAUGUCAAUGUUGUUUAAAGUACACUUGUAAAAUCUUAAAGCACAGCUUUCUCUCAUUUGCACAUUUUUAUAAAGGGAUUUAAAAGUAUGGAGCAUCAAAAGUAUGAAAGCAUCCAAUAUUAAUGUACAUCUAUUUAAUCAGAGAAGUCCUUAAAGAAUGCUCUGCAGGUGUGUAAUGGAAAGGCCAGGGGCCUCAUUUAUAAAACGUUGCUAGAGUUCCAGAGUGAAAGUACGCGUACGCACAAAAACCAGGAAACUGCAUGUGCACAAAAGAAAUGUGCAUGUGCAUGUCAUUUCCGCUUUAAAAAUCACAGUCCUCAUGAAAAUGUGCGCAGGUGAAAAGGCCUCGCCAAGUUACCUCCCACAAAUAUCUAUAAAUAGUCACUGUAAAUUACCUCACACAUAUUUAAAUACGGAGUGUGUCCGAUUCAUUUUUGAGUGCGGUACGAAUGCCAUCACGCUUUAAGUAGGCCAGUGGUACGUUCUCCUCUGUGCUUUGUGGGUUUGGGAAUAAAAAUGACUUGUUCAUUUAUAGAAUUAAAUUGCUUUCGAUUGACUAAAUUCUGACUCUGCACCCUUAUAGCAACAUGAUUGCAGUCAUUUGCUCUGAUUACAUUUGGAAAACCAAAUAAGUAAGUAAAUCUGAUGUACCUACUUGUGAAUUUAAUUAUGCCAACCAGUACAGCUGGCAUAAUGGAGCUUAGGGAUGGCUGGGAUUUCCCUGAACCAUUGAAGGGUUGUUAAGAUCUGUAGGUGGACAAGUGCAUGUUGGUUUCUCUAAACCUGGGACCAACUCAGCACAUUUAAAUCAGCUCAUUAGCCAGUCGUCAUGGCAAGGAAAUCAUUGUGAUGUCUAAAAACACCACUGUGCCAUAGACAAUGCAUCAUUCUGACGCCCAUUUAUAUCAUUCUGUAGGCUAUAAAUAAAUCUGUAAAUGUCUGAAAUUACUUCACAGCUGUUUACAAGCUGUAGUUACCCACAAUUAAUACCAUUGCAUAACGAGUUACUAUUUUGUUUGGAGAUAGAAACACAUAGAAACAAUGAUGCUAUGCUUUAAUGCUUUUCAUGUCUAAGUAGCCUGUAUGCAGUUAUUAUAGAGCGGCAUGAUUUGAUAUGAAGUGUAACGUGUGAGGGCGGUGAUUUGCAGUUUACUCCAGUGUUUCUAAAAUGUUGUUUAUGGCUCUACACAUGGUUCAAAGCUUCUGUAAACAUCCUCUCAAUUUCCCACCAAGUAUUUCUUUAUAAAUCCCGGUUUCUGCGUGGAAGGUCACGUCACACAUUUCAGUCCUAUUUUUAUGUGUGUACACACUCUUUAUGAAGGAUGCCCUGGUUCUGUACAUUUUCAUGUUUCCUUUUACAGUGUUUAAUGUUACACAGCUACAUUGUUAGCACACAAUCCCUUAAUCAUAUCUAUCUGUGCUUGGUUGAUAAAUUAAAAUUUACUAUCAUUUCAUUUUACUGUUCUGGUUGCAUGUAUUCUGUACCAUAUAAAAGUGCAUGUUUAUCUCUAAAUUAAAGUUCAGCUAAAAAGCUCA